AUUUAAACUCCCGUUCCCAUUCAUUCUCUCACUUCAUAUUUUUCUCCGAAAACGCGCCGCCCACCACCACCACAUUCACCACCCUAUCUCCUCCAUGUUCCACCGCCUCUAACAAAGGCAUAAAAAACCUUUAGAUCUGACUAUAGAACCUCUAGAUCUAACCUUUUUUUUCCUCUUUGUAUUUAAUUAGGAAAAGUGUAUAGAAGUUAUGGCAGCCGGAGUAGCAGUUCUUCAUCCACAAGAUGUAUUAAACCAGAAUCACCAACGGAGUAGUUUGAUUUUCCCGGCGACGAGAUCUCGACGCCGGGUUACUAACCCAACUACUCCUGCUAGUUCUAACCCCACGGCUUGGGCCGUUAACAGCGUUAACCAUAGCCGUAGAUCUGCACGGAAGAGGAGUCCUACGAAGAAGGAUGCUUUUCCGGCCAAGGAAGUUAACGCCACCAAGCCGAAACCAAAGCCCAAGUCUGACGCCAGACCCAUCGCCGCCAGCAACAACAGUAAGUUGGUUAUGGGCCAAGUUAAGAUUUUGAGACGGGGUGAAUCUCUUUCCUCUUCUCCGACGUCUCCCCCAUCGGCUAAAUCGCCGCCGGCAUCGGCUAAAUCUAGCCGCGUCUACGCCGCCGUCAAUUUCAACGAGCAGUUGUCGGUUUCCACACCACCUGUACCAGAUCGGAUGAUGGGUCCGCAGGCGGAACCCGUUAUGUUCCGGAAGCAGAUCCGUUUUUCCGAUUGCUAUGCUGGGUUGUCCAUAGAUGUUUCUUCCCCCCCGCCCAGUUCACUCCCCGUUCCGGCCUUUUUUAGGAAGAAAUUGGAGAAUCCUAAUACUGCUACAACCACUAGUGAUGCUACAAAUGAUUUGCUGAAGCUCCUCCGACUUGAUCUGUCCUGACCUGACCCGCCGAAGAAAGUUUGUGUUCAGGAUGUCUUUUGAAAGCAAGGAGCAAAAAAAGAAAGGAAGAAAGAUUAUACAAGGCGGCUGUGGUGUCUUUUCAGUUGGUGGAUUCAAAUGGGGAAAACUUCCCUUAUUUUUUCAAGGGGAAGCCAUUGAAUCGCCACCGUGAUUGCAAAGCUACCGUCUUUUACCAUCUCUUCUUAUCUCCCAUCUUUGCUUUUUUUUUUUUUUACCCCGUUUAAGUUUUCAUUUUCUGAAUCAUGUUGAUUAAAGUCCAAUAGUAGUAGUCAUGUACCUAUGUAGAGUGGGUGUAUAUGAUGUUACCUAUGAAAUCAUUAUGAUGUCAAAGGAGCUUGUUUAGGAAGAAGUCGAUAGGAAUGAUAGAUGAUAUGAUGCGGGUGAUGCCCGGAAUAAGCUAUAGUGGUAGGUCUUUUGUUUUCGAGUUAUGUAAAGUGUCUGUCUGAUCAAGUCUGAAUAUGUAGGUGCUUGUAUCUGCAUAUUUUUGUUUCCUUUUCUUCAUAUAAUAAAUCAAGUUUUAGUGUUAGUAAUUUUUGGUUUGUUGUCAAGUUCUUGAUUCCUGAUUGUGAUAUUGUUGCCCAGCUGUUUUGCCUAAUGAAAGAAUCAUCAGAAGUUCGGCCUGAGAUGUCUCUUCAUCUAUAAUUCAUCAUGAAAUUAAUAUGAUUGCAAGAAGUCAGACGAUGAAUCCAAUGGACCAUUUGAAUUGCAUCAAGAAAUUAAUUGAUGAAACUAGCUCAAAUAAAAAAGACCUUGGAAGUUGGAAUUUCAGGCUGCAGGCUUUUUUCAAAUGGUUUUGAAUUUGUCAACAAAGGGCUGCUAGGGUCAGUAAUGGAUUGUAGAUUUGUAGCUUUGAAAGCUUUUCCUUUGGGGAUGUGUGUGGACAGUGUGGGGUUCAAUUUCUAAUUUGUGGUGUUUGGACUUUGGAAUAUAAGGAAGCUAACAGGGAAGUUACCUUACCUCCAAAUUCCAAUGGUUUUUGACCCUUUCAUGAGAAACCAUGAUGUGUCUUUGCAUAUUUAACAGUACACAUCACAUCUUAAACAUUUGGAGACAUGACAGGCUAAACUAAAGCAAUUUGCUUUGAGUUUUAACCAGAACCGAACCACUACUUUGACGUGGCCGCUACUACUUCCAAUUCCACUUUAGAUGAGGAUUUUUUGUAGCCUGUGGGGACGAAUUCUUUUCUGUUUGCCCCUGACCAAAAGGGAUAUAUCUUAUUUUCAUUUCAUGCAAUUUUGCAUGUUUCUUUAGCCUUCAAUAUUGUUGGAUUCUCGUAGCAGAGAAGGUUGUUUUCUUGCCUAAAAGUACGAACAACUAUCUGAUGUUCAGUCAGUCGGGAUUCAAUUCUUUUUUCUUGAACUUUGUAUGAUAACCAUUUUUCAGGCAUUUUGAUUGUGUUCAACCACAUGUUAAGAAGCAUCUUUGUCCGCAGAUCUCAUUUCAUUCCUUGGUAAGUAGACUUGCCACUGGACACCUGUUGUACUGUAAUCUGAUAUGCUUUCUGAAGUCUCGUGUUGCUGUAUUGUUUUACGUCAGUGCUGAUUUAAGUCGCAAUUAGAAUAAUGUUCACUCUUCUCUUAGUAAGUUACUUCGAUUAAACAAUGUUGAAGGAGAAUGCUUUGUACAACAUGGGCCUAUAUACUUCAGGGCGUUAACUUACUGACUAUAUACAGUAUUGAGCUUCUUCAGCUUGAAUUGCAAAAGUAUCCUGUUUUAUGAGACAUCAUUUUCCAUCUAUUGUUCAUCCAUUUUAGAUGCAUACUGCUCCUCUACAUGGGGAGGAGCCUUGUAUGAGCACAUUAAAUCUGUGAGAAAUCCAAAUCCUGCUCUUCACAUGUCGAUGACUCAACAAUGGAGAGCCUAGAAAGUCAGAAAGAUGUGUAAUUUGGUGCAAUAUUCUUUCGGAGAUAAGAGGAAAAUACUGCGAGUUCCAAUUUACGUAUGCGAGGAGUACACAAGCCUAAGAUUUGGAUCUUCAAACCACUGAAACAAACUCUAAGGAUUCGGCAAUUCAGUUUAGAGUAAACUCUAGGUUUUGCUGCAAUUGAGCAAUGAGCAUCUUUUAGUUCGUGUUCUGUUUUUACUUUUUAGCAAGUCUUCUUCUACUCGUGUUAGCCAGUGCUGUAAAAUUUCUUCUUUACUUAUUAUUCAUUAAAUUAUGUUUCUGGUUUCUGUUUCAAUGCAUAUUCUGGAUGUUCUUUAUAUCUUACAUUUAAGCCCAUAUAUCUAUCCUUCCAUCACCUUUAUUUGGUAUAUUAUUCGUCUGUCUGUCUGUAUUUUUUUCUGACCUGAACUUGGACUCCCUAUCUAGCUGGUUGCUUCCUAUUAUUGGUGGGAAAUAAAUGACUUCUUUAGAGAAUUGCAAGUUUUAUACUCCCUCCGUCUCAAAAUUAUUGUCCAAUUUGAGUUUUUAGAUUUAGUACAAAUUGUAUUAAGGAUGAAAUCUUAAACUGAACAAUAAUUUUGGGACAGAGGAGUAUCUUGCAGUAGGCAACUUGUAUGAUGAGUUGACUGUACUUAAUUGUGCAGAGGUGAUGAUCUUUAAGCACUGAGCAUGCAGCCCUUUUGAAAACAAGAAGUCAGAGAACUAGGAAGAUAAACAAAUUUUGAGCCCUUCUUUGAAAGUUAGAUGAUUUUUUUUGAAAUGGUGAAAGUUAGAUGUUAGUUGUACUGAUCAUGUGAAACCAGGUGGGUUAUCAUCAAAGUAUCCUAAUCAUGGUGGAGCUGCCGCUAGUACUGCUGCAGAUGAUGAUAUUAAGCUCCCCGUCCCGAAAUUAUUGUCUACUCUGGAUUUUCAUAUUUAGUACAAAUUGAACUAAAGGUGAAAAUCCAAACUAGACAAUAAUUUUAGGACGGAUCUUGUAGACAUCUAAAAGGUUACAGGUUGUUGCGCUUGCUUCUUCUUUAGCAUCUCCGUUAUAACUCACAAGUUGAACCAGUACUACUUAGCUUCUUCAAGUACCGAAGGGAUUAGAUACCAGCAUCGGGAAAAGUUUUCAGUAUAGCCUGCUAAUUAUGACAUGAUAUUUAUAGCCAUUUACGGUCCGGCUGACUGGAUGUAAUAAGUGAAUCUAUCUGAUCUUUUUCAGUGUAUAGCAAAAUAGUGAGUUUUGUCUGAAUUAAUGGUUGGAGUCCCCAGUAAAGUUUCCUAGAGUACUUUUUUCUUCCUUGAUGUUGCAUUUGUUUGGGAUUUGCCGUAUUUCUUCAAUUGAUUUGGGAAGUUUCUCUCUUUUUUUUUUUUUUUGUGUGUGUGGUAUGUCUUGUUUUUUUUUUUCAUUUAAAUAUUAAAGAAGGUUAAAGCCUAAAUAACAGUCACAUUUUGGAGGUGGAUAUUCUCAAUGAAUUCAGUGCCCUAUCAUAAGGUACUCUAUCACUAUUCAACUUAUUCGAAACAACCGCUUGAACAUUCCAAACGAUUGAACUCAUACGGGAAGAUUGAUUGAGAUUGGAGCCCUAACCUCAAAGGAUACUUGGACAGUUGAUACCGCCAUCUCAUCCAUAGCUUUGGCGUCAUCAAUUCGACUCCCAUCUGACUGCUCCUCUGGAAAAGGUUUGGCUGCUGACUCAAUUGAUUAGUAUCUACCAUGAAAUCAUCCCCAGAUCAAACUCCUCUGACCUAUUCUCCUCACUUAUUCAAUUGAUUGUGGUAUGUCUGAUUCACAUAGGCAUUGUGUUGGUUCGUUUGUUGAAGGCUAUUUAUUUUCCCCUCUGGUGAUACAGUGAAAAAAAAAUUGACAAAAAAAUUUAUAAGGAAUAAUGUGAAUAAGUUUUAAUUAUCCCCAUUAAAAUUUAUAAAUAUUUUUUAUAGGUAUAGACGGUUAUGAUUUAUUUUCAUUAAAAUUUCAUAAAAAAAUUUCAUACGCAA